ACCGAAAUGAUGGUGCUCCCAGAACCGUAUGUACGGUCUACGGCUCUGUUGUGCUCCUGAACCGCAGCCCCCUCUAUAGUUUGCUAAUGUAAAACAUGGCUGCCCCCUGUGAGUUAAAUGUCACUCUAGAAUUCAGUGGUGGAGCCGAGUUACUUUUUGAUAAAGUGAAGAAACAUGAUGUAAAGUUGAAAAAAGAAGAUGAGACAUGGACAAUCAAAAACCUGCUUAAGUGGAUAAAAGAAAACUUAUUGAAGGAGCGUCCAGAACUGUUUAUUCAUGGAGAAUCUAUACGACCUGGUAUUCUAGUAUUGAUCAAUGAUGCAGACUGGGAACUGAUGGGUGAAUUAAACUAUGAAAUUCAAGAAAAUGACACAAUAGUUUUCAUAUCAACAUUACAUGGAGGAUAACAUGAAAUCAUGUAACUAGAAAUGUAAUGAAAUGUUAUCAUAAGGAUAUCCAUGAGAGGGAGAGAGAGAGAGAGAGAGCAACACUGACCAUUCUCAUAACUAAGUUGUAAAGUUUUUGUAAGAUGGGGAUAAUCAUCAUAAUGGUUAAACUUCGGAUUACUUGUGAUGUAAGGUUUUGAUAGUGUUUAAACAGCCAGGAUGGAACAAAAUAAUGCUCUGCGACUUUAACUUGCACAAACCAUACUGCUGUUCACACUUGUAUUUCAAUAUGCAGUAAGUUCACCAAGCAGUGGCAGACAGUAGGAUUUUGCACAUGCGUGGUCAGUCUAAAGGAAGAUUUAUACUAGUCUUGAUGCUCACAUUCGACUUUUCUGCUUUGGAAGAACUGUUUUGGCUAAGCUGUGGAGUUAUACAACGGGGUAAUUCGACGCGACCAAGGAAAUGUUAUUCUUGCUGGAUUUUCUUCAGAGCCCAGGAGUUUGAAAGUGAAGUCUUUAUAACGAAACUACACUACAACUCCCCUGAAAACACCUUAUGACAAAUACUUGUAUAGAACUGAUAUAUACAACAAUUUUUUUUUUUCUAUAUUAUGAUGGCAUUUCAGAAUCAAGUAAACUGUUGAAAUAUAGUUAAUUUAUUAAAUAUACUUUUAAAAUGAAACUCUGAACCUGUUUUUGAUUAAAUGUGAUACCGUAUUUAUA